GUGGAAGAUGAGCAUGAGCAUGAGCCCCCGCCCGGCCGGCCCUGCUCACCAAACUUUCCAUUUCAUCCCCACGCCUUUUCCAUCCAUCCAUCUGAUCUGAGAGAGAAAAGCGUGGAGGCCUUUGUGCGGGCGUCUCCCUCUCUCUGUGUGUGUGUCUCGCUCUAGACAGCUGAGCAGAGGUGAGCUGAGGCAGUGGCAGGGAGGGAGCAGCGAAUUGAAGAUCCUUAAAUGCGGUUUGGUGGCAUCCCCGCGCGCGCUGGCCCCCAUGCAGGCCUGCCCUGGACGCAUGGGUGCAACAUGCCACCACCAUUGCCAUUGCCAUUGCCAUUGACACCACCCCCACCUACAUAAAUCCCCUCCCGCUAGCCUCUUCCCCGGCUUUUACCGCUCUUUGACUCCACUCCACUCCACCACCCAGCCAGCCACCCUCCGCUCGCACACGCCAAAACAUUCAUUCACUUGUUAGUUAAGCUUGCUUGCUUGCUUGCUUGGGUCCUCGCCGCGUCGCGUCGCGCUCGCGCCGGCCGUGGAUCGAUCGGCCGCGCCGUAUGGGGAGGCAGCGGCGGUGGUCGCGCGCGGCGCUCGUCGCGUGCCUGGUGCUCCUCGCCGCCGCCGCGUGCGCCGAGUCGGCGCGGCCGGGGCCGCUGGCGGCGGCGACCGAAGGGCUGCCUGCCGGCGCGAUGGAGAGCGCGAGCAUCGACGGCGGCGACGGCCCGCGGAGGAGCGCGUUCGACGUGCUGGUGGAGGGCCUCGUCAGCAUCGGGCUGGGCCGGCGGUGGCGCGCCGGCGACGGCGUCGGGCUGGUGGACGGCGACAAGCGGCGCGUGCCCACGGGGCCCAACCCGCUCCACAACAGAUGAGUACGCACGUGCCUGCCACGUAGCUAGCUCGCUAAUCACCCGUUAGCUCUGGACCUCGUAGCGUCCGUCGGUCCGUAUACUGGCGCCGUCGCCGGCGGUGGCCGGGCGACGGCGAGAGGAGCGGGGGAGGAGAAGAACGGGAAGGAGAAGAGAGGAUAGGAGCUCGUAGUAUUGCUGUUCCCUUCUGCUUCCCUUUCUUCUUUUUCCCCCUGAUUUUUCUUCUUCCUCUUCUUCUUUCCUACUACUAGCUAGCUACCUUUUUGUUGCUUGUCUUUUGCCCUUAUUUUUCUUGUGUCCUCGAUUGGUUUGUGAAGUGGACAGCAAGGCCAUUCUGUUGGUUGAAAGAGAUACAUAUAUGAGUAUAUACUUCUUUGUUUGCUUGCCCCA